AUGACUGGUUCUCUCUUAAUCCCAACUGAAAAUGACUACUUGGAUGCCCACGCUGGUGUUGAGCAACAACAGCAAUACAAACACUUGUGGGAAACUGAAUUGAAAAAUAAACGUAACCCACAGGGACAAUUGGAGUUUCCCUGGGAUUUUAAAGUAGUUCAAGGAUUUUUCAAACAAAGUGAAUCUAGUACAGAUGAUGCUGUUUUCAACUACGCUACUGAUCACAUGGGACGAUUGAAACCAUGGAAAGAGAUCAUUCAUGAUUUGACCCAGUUGAAUCAAGAUGCUCCCGAUAAUGUCGAAUACAAGCUCUUGUUCUUGGCCCGUCAUGGGAAUGGAUAUCAUAAUCAAGUUGUUGAAACUUAUGGCUUGGACCGCUGGAACAAGGAGUUGCACAAAUUGGGACAUAUUGACGGCAUUGAAUAUGCACCUGACCCGCAAUUGACGUCAUUGGGGAUGGCUCAGGCUGAAGAAAAUCAUCGGUUAUGGCAACAGGAGUUAAAACUAGGUGCACCUAUCCCGGCAAAAUUCUUUGUUUCGCCCUUGCAACGAUCUUGCAAUACUUUGCAAAUCACUUGGCACGAUCUCAAACCAGACACAAUUGUACCAUACGUGGAUGAAUUGAUUAGGGAAACAAUUGGGAAAAACUUGUGUGAUAAACGUUCACCCAAACGUGUAAUUGAGCAACGGUUCCCUCAUUUCAAUACUGAUGGAGUUGUUGAUGAAGAAGAUGUGGCGUUUGGUGACGAAAGAGAAUCAAUGAUUGAUCAAUCGAUCAGAAUCAACAAGUUUUUACAAAAUUUGUUUGAACUGGAUUAUGAUUCCAAGCAAGGUAAAGUGGAUGAAAAAUUGGCUGAAAGAGAUGCAUUUAUUGCAACUUAUUCUCAUGCUGGUACUAUUCGAUGUUUUAUUAAUGUAUUAGGUCAUCGUAAUUUUACCAUUUCUACUGGUGGUAUGAUUCCUAUUGUUGUUAAAGGAACGAGGAGAACCUAG